UUGCGGAAUUGUUGGGAGUCAAAAAAACCUUUGGAAAAAAAAACAGAAUUCCAAGAAUUUCUUUUUCCAACUCAAAUCCAUCCAAGAGAAAAACCAAAAAAUUUCUCUUGGAUCCAUCUUUUCACAAUUUGAUAUCAAAAUUCCUGCAUGCAAAUUCAUCACAUCUCAUGUUGAUCGCAUGAAAUAAGAUCCUCCCUUCUUGCAACAACCUCGAAUCCCAAUUUAAUCUCAUUUCUCUCAACAAAAAAUGGAGCAAUUCAGACAAAUAGGAGAAGUUGUGGGAAGCUUGAAUGCAUUAAUGGUUUUUCAAGACAACCUGUGGAAUGAGAGGCAGUGCUCUCUACUGGUAGACAUGCUGGCCUCCGGCUACACGACGAUAGCGGAGAUGAUGAAAAAUAACCUGAAAUUCAAGGAGAAGAACGCGAAAUGGAAGAUCUUGGAGCAUCCAUUGAAGGAGCUCAUGAAGGUGUACAAGGAAGGGGAAUCCUACAUCAAGAUGUGCCUAGAGAGUAAGGAUUUCUGGGUUAAAUCCAUCACAUUGUACAACAACUCCGACUGCGUGGAGCUCCACAUACACAACCUCCUCUACUGCCUCCCUGCAGCCGUGGAGGCCAUUGAAAUGGCUGGCCAGAUUGCUGGCAGCGAUCAAGAUGAUAUGCAGAGGAAGAAAACCGUCUACGCCUUCAAAUACCACAAGGGCUUGAAGGAUCCUCGGAUCUUCCAGUUGAUGUUCGGACACCAAUACCUAGUCUCCCCUGCUUUCUGCACUAGGAUGGAAUCUGUCUGGGACGAAGACCGGCUCUUCCUGCUCAAGAAAAUUAGAGAGGGUGGGCGUGGUGGGCACCACCACCUCCUCCGCAAUGUCCUGGAGCAGAGCAACGUGUUGUUGCCUAGCACCACGCUGCUAAACUCCAAGGACUACAAGGUGAGGAGGAGGUUGGGGAGUGGGAAGCAGUUCAAGGAGAUCCAGUGGCUAGGCGAGAGCUUCGUACUUCGACAAUUUCGUGGGGAGGAGAAAGAAGCCCUGCAGAGAGAGGUCGCCGCGGAUUUAAGCCUCUCCCAUCCAAACAUCAUGCACUCUCUAUUUGGCUUCUAUGAUGAGGAUAAGAAGGAGUGUUACUUGCUUAUGGAGUUGAUGCAGAAAGAUCUGUCUAGUUAUGUCAAGGAGCCCAAGAAACGUGUCGCAUUGUCUAUCCCCGUGGCAGUCGACCUCAUGCUGCAGAUAGCCAGAGGGAUGGAGUAUCUCCACGCGAGAAAAAUCCCUCAUGGAGACCUCAACCCCUCCAACAUUUUCAUCAAGCCGAGGCCUAAUGGCGCUGAGGGGUACCUCCAUGCCAAGGUCUCAGGUUUUGGGUUGGAUUCUUACAUCCGGAGCCUCACUCAGAGCACUCCCACGGAUGUAGGCCAGCCGGCCUAUAUCUGGUAUGCACCGGAGGUUUUAGGCCAGGAAACGGAGGGGAGCACGGCUAGGUAUUCCGAGAAGUCGGAUGUGUACAGUUUUGGGAUGGUUUGUUUUGAGAUGUUGACAGGGAAGGUCCCUUUCGAGGAUGCUCAUCUUCAAGGGGAGAAGAUGAGCAGGAACAUUAGGGCCGGGGAGAGGCCAUUAUUCCCGUUCCAUACGCCUAAGUUCUUGGCCAACGUGAUCAAGCGAUGCUGGCAUGGUGAGCCGACUCAGAGGCCUAGCUUCUCGUCCAUAUGCAGGAUGAUGCGGUAUACCAAGCAUUUCUUGGCGAUGAACCCCGACUAUGGACAGCAGGAGGCGACGCCGCUGCCUCCCUUGGACUUCAGCGACGUGGAGACGGCCUUCAUGGCGAGGUGUGCGGCGGAUAAGGAUAAGAUGCCGGUGGUGUCACAGAUACCGUACCAAAUGUUUGCUUAUAGGGUUGUGGAGAGAGAGAGAGCGAGUGCUAGCCAGAGGGAGACCUCAGAGUCCGGUAGCGAUGGGGGGGCAUCAACCGGGGGUGAGGAGGCGGCCGCCUUGGCCACGGUGGAUGAUUCGUGGGCCACGUUGACGGAGAGGAGGAUGAGAUCACUGCCGUCCAUUGAGACUGUGGCUAAGAAACUCUCACCAUCAAGCAAGUCUUUGUCUUUGGAUAUCAAGAAGAAGUCAGGGACGCCCAAGGGGAGGAUGGUGAGGCCGCCACACACGCCGUUAGGGCGGCCGGCGAGGAUGAAUUCUGAGAGCAAGCUAAUUACGGCGGCGAGUCCAAGGACGAGAAGGCGGUCGGGUACCUUGUUCGGAUUCUGAGUUGUCUUAGUACGGCGGAUCAUCGGAAGCCGAUUACUUUGCACAGGUUUAGGAAGGCAAAUCUGUUUUCGUACAAUAUCAACAUAGUUGUGAUGUUUCUGUAACUCAAGUUUUGAGGAUGUUUUGGUACUAAUUCACUUAAACACCUCAUGUUUGCCA